ACACCGACAUCGUACCUAGAACCAAUGCCUUCCCUUGCUGAUUUGCCUGUUGAAAUCGUUGAAUUUAUUUUGAGUUACUUGGAACAAUCCGCAUUAUAUGCUCUAUCUCGAACCUCAAAGGGCUUAUAUAACCUAACCACCCCGUUCCUAUACAACCAUGUGGACCUCCUCAUCCCACCCGGGGGUUACAUUCCGCGCAUCGACCGUCUGCUCAUCACCGUGCUGGACCAGCCUCACCUGGGAGAGCUGGUGAAAACACUUCGUGUUGGUAUAUCGCCUAAAGAGGGGACUGUUGCAGGGCAGUACUUCUUACCCGGUGAUAGCGAAAGUCGACAAAUCGUACACGACAAGAUACAGUCUCAUAUCCAGAACGAACCUUUGGUCUCCUACGGGGAGGAUUUUCAUGAAGCCUUGAUCUAUGGGGAAUAUGGUGCAUACGCAGCCUUGCUCCUGCUGGUGUUGCCUUCGCUGAAACGUCUGGAUAUCUCCGAUCACCAAAACGAAACGCUUCGUCUACAGAACCUUGUGGAGCGCGUUCGCAGUGGCGUCGAUGAUUCACCGCUUGUUGAGCGUAUCAGAUCAAUCCAGGAGUUCUCAUACAACUGCGACACCAAGUCUGGACAUCGACACAGAGGAAAGGUAGAGGCGUUCAAAGUGUGGCUAAUGUGGAAGAUGCAAGGUGUCCGCACACUCGAAUUCAGUAUACCCUGUGACGCGGGUAGGAUUCUUCUUUCCCGGGUGACGAGAAUCCGCACUCCAACUCCCAGACUCGACCCCAUUUCCAUCACCAAGCUGGUUAUUCGUUACAGUGGUCCAGUUCUUUCUCAUCUGCAAGAACUACUCCCAACAACUCCCCAUUUACGUUCACUUGUAUGCGAACUAUGGCAUGAUGCAAGCAUGUAUAAUGAUGGGCUGCGAGAGUCGUGGCUACAGCUGGAUCUGUGGAAUGCAUGUUUGACGAAUGUUCGAGAGACGCUAGAAACACUGGUACUCAGCGUGGAAUUUUGCGACAGCGAACAACCAUUUUUCAAACAACCCACCGAGCUGCAUAUGUCGAGUUCCCUAGACCUCCGCGCAUUCGACAAGCUAAGCACUCUGGAGGUCCCCAUUCCUUUCAUCAGCGGCGAUGCUGGAUUCUCGAUCAUGACACCCUUAGAGCCUCGUCUGCCAAUGUCUCUCCGUCACCUUAGCCUGCGGACCGAUAUGUCCCAUGCACAAUUCCCAUUUCCUUUCGAUACAUCCAUCCUGUCUGCGACACCCUCGCACCAGGACGCACAAGACGAAGCCAAUCGGCUUUUGUGCGCAAGAAUGGAUGUGUCGUAUACGGCAUCUGCCAGCUUAGACCUUGUUGAUCAAAUUAGCCAGUUGAAAUCGAUAUCUAUAUGGCAGCCACCUGAUACGUCUCUAGAAUGGUUUGAGCGUCAGUUUGAAGAUCUCGCUACGACGUGUAAGAACAACGGGGUUAUAGCAAAGGCGGUGUAUCCCAUGUCAAUGCGAUGGGGGUCGGCGGCACACUGGAAUCUAGUCAACGAGGUGACAUUGGUCGAUCCAGCCUACCCUGAAAGUGGACGGAUUGGGCGGCUGCUGCGAGGUGAACGCGAAGGAGUGCCUCUUGGAUUGGCAUCGCAGUACCACUUGGACAGGUUCGAGAGGCGGCAUGUCCGCCGACCUAGGCGAUGA